AUGUCGUCUACAAGCACCUUGAGACAGUAUUUGUCUCAGCUUGUGUUGUCCUUUCCUGGAAAUUUCUAUGAAAAUGUAGCUGAAGACAGUGAAUAUCAGGCUAUUAGCUCUUCGAUCCAACUUAUCUUGAAGGGUCAGUCUUCUGAUCUUAUAAGCCACGCAGAUUUACAGAAGCUUAUCUUUUCAUCCGAAGCUAAGACCAUAUUGAACAAGUUUCCUUCAACUUCUUUGCGUGAAGUUUUGCAUGAAUAUGGUGACUUUUUGGUCAAAGUGUUCAAUGGUGAAUUUGCCAAUCCACUUAUAGGUAAGACUCAACUACAGAUUGUAGCGAUUGCUUUCUUGCAGCUGUAUGUGCAGCUCAAUUUUACUGGUCCAGCGAUUGCUUUCAGUUCUCGUGAUAUGUUUUUCCCUGAAGUUGAUGCUGAUAUCGUGAAAUAUGAAGCUCUCAAGCUUCUCAACAGUGAAGGACAGCAGGCAUACGACUUGAUGAACGACCCAUUAUUUCUCGUCAUCUCUGAAGUAUUGUUUGAAAAGUUGAUGAAUAUCGACAAAAAGUAUUCUUUGAUUGGAAAAGAUAUUGCUUUGUCGUUAGAAGAGGUUGCAGAGGCCACAGCUGCCGCAAUCAAGGGCUCGGAAGGUGAUCCAGUACAAGCUUCUCUCCAGUGGUGGAGGAACAGAGCGUUGCAAGUUCAUAUUUCUAUAGUUUCAGAACCUCCAAACUCAUUGGCUACGAUAUCAUCACUUUUACUUAAUCCUACUGUUCCCAACAGUUUAAUGCCAUCUACUGAGAACAGCCCUGAAAUUCAGAAGCUUGUACAGAUUCUCUACUUUUUAGAAGCAGCUAGAGGAGGCAUUCAUGCCCAAACCGAAAGUUUGGCUACACCUUUCUUGGGCCAUGCCAAGAAACUUUCUCAAUUCAACUUCUUGUUGUCUGGAGCUAAAGCCAAGCGAACCAAAUUUCAACAGUUCCACACUGCUGCCUUAAUCAUCUUGGCUAAGAGCAAAUCAACCUCUGUGUAUGACAAAGUAGAGGAAGAAGUAGAGAACCCGGAAAGUUUCCAACUUGGAGACGAUUUGUUGUUGGAAAAACCACAAUUCGAAUCGUUGGAUGAUCUUCAAUUUGAUGAGGAACCUAAUAGUAAGAGAUUUAAACUUGACUUUGCGGGACUAGAAGAAGAGCAGAAUGAAGAAAAGUUGUUGCCUAUUGCAUUCAGACAAGAGGAUAUUCCAGAAGACUUGCGAGAAUUAAAUCCAAACGAACAGCCAGCACUUAGUGCAUUGGAUAACUUGCAAUUGUUGUUGCGCCUAGUCAUAAUAAGGCAGACUACUCCUUCUCAUGAUGCAUUAGUUGAACAAGAGUUGAUGGCUAUAGUAAGUAGAAUCAUCUACUCUUCCACUAAAGGCUGUAACUGGACUAUUUUUUCCAGAGCUCUUUGGGAAAGAUCCUUGCUAGAAACUAGUAAAGCUAGAACUGUAGAAAGAGGUAUCUUACAGAUGACUUCUUUGGUGGAAGAAAUCGGAAUCAAAAUCAAAACCAAGACCUUGCCUCUGGCCAGUGAUGAGGAGUUGUCUCCUGCUUCUUCCAGACUUAGAUUUAUACACCAGCUCCCGUUGAUGCCUCAAUGGCAGAUGGAUGCCCAAUUGGCCGAAAAGUACAUGUCCUUGGGUGUAGUGAAGUCUGCUUUGGAAAUCUACGAAAGAUUGCAGCUUCAUUGCGAAGCAGCCUUGUGUUAUGCUGCAGUAGACAACGAGUUGCAAGCAGAGAAGAUCUUGGUGGAAAGAAUCAAGACUCACCCAGAUGAUGUUAGAGCAAUUUCCAUCUUGGGUGAUAUUAAACAAGAUCCUCUGCUAUGGAUAAAAGCUUGGGAACUCGGAAGGUAUGCUAAGGCUAAGUCUUCUUUAUCUCAUUACUACUACUCGCCUCCUAAGUCUUCUGGAUUAACCAAGAACUUGGAAUUGGCUCUUGAGCAUAUGCAUGACUGUUUGACUGCAACCCCAUUGAACAACGAAAAUUGGUUCUUCUAUGGUUGUUGUGGAUUGGAGUCUGCUCAGUAUGAAUUGGCUUCUGAGGCUUUCACUAGAUGUGUAGCUUUAGAUGACACCAAUUCGCCUGCCUGGUCCAACUUGGCCAGUUCCUUAAUAAAGUUGGACAAGGAUAGACCAGCUUACAACGCUUUGAAGAAGGCUAUUAGAAGUGGUAAGGAAAACAAGAACUGGAGAAUUUAUGAAAAUUAUCUUACUGUUUCGGCCAAAUUGAAUGAAUGGAAUGAUGUUUUGGUGGCUUCCAAAGAGCUCAUUGAAAUCAGAGCUAAGACUGAAGGUGAAAGUGCAAUUGACAUCAAUGUUUACGAAAAAUUGGCUGAAAUCUUGGUCGCUACUGAAUAUCCCAGAGACAGUGAGACCAGAAUGACCCACUACCAAAACUCGUGCGUUGACCUUAUCUGUAACGUCUUACCUACUGUUUUGACUACCUCUGCUAGAUGUUGGAGAAUUAUAGCACGUGUAGAGUUAUGGAGAGGUAGACCAUGGGCUGCACUUGAAUGCCAUGAAAGAGCUUACCGAGCAUUGUCGCAAAGAGCAGAGUUAGAAUAUCAAGAAAGUGCUUGGAAUGAAGCUGUAGAUGCCUGCUCGGAUUUGAUUGGUGCCUACGAGUCGUUGGGAGAGAGGCCUGGGAAGCAUGGAGCAGAUGAUCUUGUCUGCAAAGACUGGAAGUACAAAUCUAGAACCACUGUGAGGUCUUUGAUGUCAAAGGGAAAGGCUAUGUGGGAAGACUCUGAAGGUUGGAAUAGACUUCAGGAUUUGAAGGAAGACUUGACCAACAACAGGUAA